AAAUGUGAUGCUGCUUGUAGCUUUUCUGAAGCCAGCACUGUGGAUCCAGCUGUUGGUCUGGAGAUGGUUUCCCAGACCAAAAACUCACACCUGCCUAAGGACUGUUUUGCAGGAAACUGUGGUAAAUGUUUCCCAUGUUGUGUAGUGGAUAUCACUAAGUUUCCAGGCAGAACUUGGUGGAACUUCAGGAAAACCUGCUACAGAAUUGUUAAUCACAGCGGGUUUGAAUAUUUUAUGAUUUUUGUGAUAGUACUGAGCAGCGCAGCACUGGCAUUUGAAGAUAUUCACCUGCACAAGAGAAAAACAGUGAAAAUGAUCCUAGAUUAUGCUGACAAAAUAUUUACCUACAUCUUUGUGAUGGAGAUGCUUCUGAAAUGGGUAGCUUAUGGAUUGCACAGUUACUUCACAAAUUGCUGGUGUUUGCUUGACUUUGUCAUUGUAUGUGUAAGUAAUAUAUUCAACUGCUCAUACAUUUUGAUUUUUGACAUUUUCUACCUGCUUAACUACAUGCAAAUUCUUAUCACGAAUAACUGCAGUGGCCUGAAAUCUCUCAGGACUCUUAAAGCAUUGAGGCCUCUACGAGCUUUGUCAAGAUUUGAAGGGAUAAAGGUUGUUGUCAAUGCACUCCUCGGAGCCAUCCCCUCAAUCUUCAACGUUUUGCUCGUCUGCAUUGUCUUUUGGCUCCUAUUUAACAUUCUAGGAGUAAAAUGGUUUGGGAAAAGAUUUUCAAAAUGCAUUCUCCAGGAAGGAGAUAUCAGUCUCAUUAAUAACAAAAGUGAUUGUGAUUCCUAUGGUGGAAAUUGGACAAAUUAUCCUGUAAACUUUGAUAAUGUUUGGAUGGGAUACUUGGCUCUGCUCCAAGUGGCAACUUUUAAAGGUUGGAUGGAGAUUAUGUAUGCAGCAGUGGAUUCACGGGGGAACAAUGAACAGCCAAAGUUUGAAGCACGCUUACACAUGUACUCAUACUUUGUGGUUUUCAUUAUUUUUGGAUCUUUCUUCAUGCUGAACCUUUUUGUUGGAGUGGUUAUCAACAAUUUUAACCAACAAAGGAAAAAGAUAAGUGGAAAAGAUCUAUUUCUGACUGAGGAACAGAAAAAGUACUAUAAUGCCUUAAAAAAGCUUGGAUCCAAGAAACCUCAAAAACCCAUCCCAAGACCAUCGAAUGCAUUCCUGGGAUUGCUGUUUGAUAUUGUAGAGCACACAGCAUUUGACAUCAUCGUUGUGAUUUUGAUCUGCCUAAACAUGGUUGUUAUGAUGGCAGAAAAUAACCAGGAAGGCACCAAGGAAGUUCUUAAUAAAAUCAACUAUUUUUUUGUGGCUGUAUUUACGGCGGAAUGUGUCAUAAAAAUACUGGCCUUAAGACAGCACUACUUCAAAAGUGGUUGGAACUUAUUUGAUUUUAGUGUUGUGGUCCUUUCAAUAGUCAGUAUUGGAGUUUCUGAAGCCUUCCAAAAAUUCUUCUCUCCUACACUUUUGAGAACCAUUCGCUUGGUGCGAAUUGGCCGAAUCCUGAGAUUGGUUCGAAAAGCGAGAGGAAUUCGAACCCUUCUGUUUGCAUUACUGAUGUCUCUUCCUGCACUGGUCAACAUUGGCCUUUUGCUUUUCCUGAUUAUAUUCAUUUAUGCCAUUGUGGGCAUGGCAAACUUUGCCUGUCUUCCCUGGGAAAGUGGGAUUGAUGACAUUUUCAAUUUCCAAACCUUUUCUGGUAGCAUUCUCUGUCUCUUCCAAAUUACAACAUCAGCUGGCUGGGAUACUCUUCUGGCCCCUUUGUUAAGUGAAUCUGGUGCAUGUGCUCCCAACUUAGAUUUAAAAGAGAAAGAUAAAAUUAAUUGCACAAACACAGCAUAUGGUAUUUUCUAUUUUGUAAGCUAUGUCAUUAUCUCAUUUCUCAUUGUUGUAAAUAUGUACAUAGCUGUCAUUUUAGAGAACUUCAAUGUUGCCACUGAAGAAAGCACAGAUCCUCUUUGUGAGGAUGACUUUGAUAUGUUUUAUGAGACAUGGGGAAAAUUUGAUCCACUGGCAACAGAAUUUAUUGACUAUUCUGCUCUUUCAGACUUUGCAGAUGCUCUGGCAGAACCUUUGCGCAUUCCAAAGCCUAAUAACAUCCAGCUCAUAUCCAUGGACCUCCCUCUAGUGAGUGGAGAUAAGAUCCACUGCUUGGAUAUCUUACUUGCUUUCAGUAAACGAGUCUUGGGAGAAUGUGGAGAUUUUGAUAGGCUUAAAUUACUCAUUGAAGAAAAAUUUGGGGUUGCCAAUCCAUCUAAAUUUCCUCACAGGCCAAUUUCCUCUACAUUUAAACGAAAACAAGAGGAGGUAUCAGCAGUUAUUAUCCAAAGGGCCUUCAGGAGGCAUUUGAUACAGCGUUCAUUCAAAAAUGCAUCUUUCUUUUGCCGUCGCAGACAUAACAGUGCUGUCUUUGGAGAAGAAGCACGGGAGAAGCAAAGGCUUAUUGUAUCAAUGCUUAAUGAAAGUAGUGGCAGGAAGAUACAUAAACCACGGCCUGUUUCUUCCACAUCUCUCCCCUUGCUUUACGAUGCUACUGCUGAAACAAAUAAGCUGGACACAUAA